CACACACACUCUCUCUAUCUAAGCUUCUUUUGACUUAAGACCAAAAUGAAUAACCCCAAACCCCAAACACACUCAAAACAUAAACCCAAAAGAGAUCUCUCUCUCACUCAGAAAAAUAAAACCACAAUUUCAACACCACAACAACACUUGUCUCUCUUGCUGCUAACGUGCGCACUCUCGCCGGUAUCUUGACUAAUGGGAGCUCUCCGCCGCCGACGCCGUCGCUUUCUUUUAGCUGUACUCACCGCAUUGGCCCUCCUUCACCUCUUCUCCGCCUCCUCAGUCUCCGUCGAUGGUAGAUGGAUUGGUCAGAGAACCGGGUCGGGUUUACCGGGUGGGUUCAUAGAGGAUAACAAGCGGUUUGGAGGACCGGGUUCAUCACCACCAACGUGUAGAUCCAAGUGUGGGAGAUGUCAGCCGUGUAAACCGGUUCACGUACCGAUUCAACCAGGUUUGAGUAUGCCUUUGGAGUAUUACCCUGAAGCUUGGCGGUGCAAGUGUAACAACAAGCUCUUCAUGCCCUAAAUAUUACUAAUAAGUUUGAUCAAAUUAAAUUACUACUUUAAAACAAUUGAGAAGAAGCGUUUUUUAAAAUUCUUUUUGUUUUGUUCUUUCUUCUUUAUUCCUCAUUUCUUGUGCUUUUCUGAUUAGUUAUUGUAAUGAAAAAUCUUA